AUGCCUUCUUCCCCGGAGGAUGCCGUCUUUGCGAUCUCCGCUCAAGCUACCCAGCUGGGCAACCGCAUCUCCGUGCGCAUGCUAGACUAUCUUAGCACCGUUCACGAUAUCCCCGACGGCUUUCAAGACCUUGCGCGAGUCUUCCUCGAUACAUGUCGCGCCUUGUGGACCAUCGAAGCCGGUCUCGGCGAGUCGACCGGGGCCAAGCGACCACUGCCCGAGAUUAUCUUGCAAGAAGUGGAAAAGAAAUUUGCGGAGGCGUACAAGGACUUUCAGCAGCUGGACCGCCUCGUCACGAAACUGGCUCAAUAUGAACACCGAGGAGCUCUGGGCAGGCUCCAGAAGGGAUGGCACCGGCCCAGCCACGAGCUGAACAAGAUUCGCGAGUCUCUCAGUAAGGUGAUGGACGCCUUGCAGAUCAGCGUGUUGGCCUUCCACUGGUCGCUGGGAGAAACGCGGCCGGAGGAUUCGGUUGGUGUCGGAUACGCGGGGCUGGCGGCGGCGCUGGACCGUAUGGCGAAGGGGCGAUCGGUGACGGGCAUCAACCAAGUCAGGUCGCUCGACCGCAGCAAUAACAGCGUGAAGCAACCGUCCUCGGCUGUCAAGACGGUACCCGGUGGCCCGCCACCGUCCAUUCCCGUGCCCCCGGUGCCUCCGAAGGCACCGCUCAGCGACGUUGAUUUGAGCAGACACUCCGAUUCAGACUACCAUGUCAAGCCGGCGCCCGAAUCGGUGCCGGAUACCUUGUCAUCCGUUCUAUACCUCGAUAACCUAUCCCUCUCCGAUUCCCACAUCCACGAACCGACCAAUUUCUCCACUCGCAGCCCAUACUCCCGAAAUGAGAACCAUCCGGGGGUCUCGAGCUCAUCGGCAUCCGCGGCGGAAACUCUGGCGCAACCGGAUAUUGACGCGGACCUAACUGCUUCCAUAUCAAGCAUUCGCUCACAUCCGAAACGCGACGUGUCGAUGCCGCGCCGCACCCCAAGCCAUACCAGCGCAGCCACUGUUGGCCAUCUCAAGAGCGCCCUGGCGUCCGCCGUGCGGGCGAGGAAUCAUCAAUUAAUGGAACAGCUCCUGGAUAGCGGAGUGUCCCCGGAUAUGGGCGAGAAUUCGCACCCUCUGAACGAGACCAUCAUCCGCCGUGAUAUCGAAGGCGUGCGGCUUCUGCUGCAGUUCGGGGCCAACCCCAAUCAGCCCGACAAAGAAGGAAAGACCCCUCUCUGGCUCGCCGUAGACGGGUCAUUCGUCGAUGGCGCGACUCUCCUACUGAAGUACCAGGCUGAACCGACCUUUAUGGCCAGUUUAGAGUUUGAGACCCCCCUCUCCUUUGCGGUAAAUGCUCUAAAAACCGACCUGGUUCACACGCUGCUCGCUCACGGGGGCGAUCCCAACCACGAGACGCGAAAUAGGAGCACGAUCUUGAUCGAAGCCAUCCGGAAAAGGGCGCCCCAGCGGCUGGUGGACGUGCUUUUAAAGGCCGGCGCAGACGCCAACUUGAAGAACGGCGAGGGAAAGACCGCGCUGUUUGAAGCCGUCCAGGCCGACCAAGUGAUCAGCGUCACGAUGCUUCUCGACCACGGAGCUAACCCCAACCUGCCCGGGCCGGAGCAUGUGCUUUGGUCGGCCAUCUACCGUCCGGCCUGCUUGCGAAUUCUGCUCGCACGAGGCGCCGACAUCCGCAAGACGCCCGGUAUCAUGGAACAAGCAACCAGUAUCAACAAUAUCGACGCCAUCCGGAUUCUGCUUCAGGCCGGCAUUGACCCGAAUCUCAAGAAGGACGGCAUCUAUACGCCGCUCUGCUCCUCGAUCCGCGACAACAGACGCGACAUUUUCGCUCUCCUCUUGGCCAACGGCGCCAACCCUAACGUGAUGGCCUCCGAGUACCCCGCCUGGAAGUGCGUGACGCAUUUCCGCACGCACUUCCUGCCCGAUCUCGUGGACGCAGGGGCCGACCUUCACCAACCCCCAGGAAUUGUUGAAAUGGCGGUGCAGAUGAACAACGCCGAGGCCGCCCAGUGGCUGUUGGAGCACGGCGGAGCGAACCCGAACGACCGCAACGCGCAAGGGCAUACCGCCCUGACGACAGCGAUACGCGAACACCGUGUCGACCUGAUGAAGCUGCUGCUGGCGCACGGCGCCGAUCCUAAUCAGCGGGGCCAGGACUGGCCCGUGUGCAUGGCCGUGCGGUCACCCGACAUUCUGCAGCAGCUGCUCCCCGCCGUGACGGACCUUUCGGCGCACAAGGGAGUCAUGGAGAUGGCUGUGCUGGCGAAUCAACUCGAGAGCAUCAAGCUCCUCUUGGCCGCCGGCGCCAGCGUGGAGUACAAGAACGGCGGCGUUUUCUCGCCGCUAACGACGGCGCUGCGAGAGGGCUACCGCGAUAUCGUGCGGUUCUUGCUGGACGAAGGCGGCGCCGACCCUAACGCGCCGGGCGAACAUCUUCCCAUCGUCAAAGCCGUACGUCGAUGUGUCGACGGGGAUUUCUCGAUGAUUGAGCUGCUGCUCGAGAAGGGCGCCGAUCCCAACAAGACAUACCGAGACUGGAACGCGAUCAUGCAGGCCAUCGAAAACCGCGACCUCAGACUUCUGCACGUUCUAGUCGAGAAGGGAGGCGGCGUGGACCUCGGUCAGAAAGAUGAAACCGGUCAGACGGUGCUUGAGAUGGUGGAUUCGUCUGGCUGGAAAGAGGCGAAGGAUUUGCUGCUCAAGAGUGCCCGAAGCUAG